AGUGUCCAGAAUUGCUGUGGUCUCUGCCUGCCCCCUGCUGGGGAGCUGAGACAUGCUCAUCUCAGAGAAGGAUGGGGGUCACUGAGUUCCUGGCUAAGGUUUCUCCCAGAACAAUAGGGACUGACCCUAUUGUGUGGGAAGGAUAGCAGAUGGUACCAGAGAAGGAAACAUCCAUGAACCCUUGAAAGGCAAACAGGACAAAGGUAGACUGCUGGAUUGGGGCCCAGGUAUUGCCCCUGUCUGGGCUACUGCUCCCACAUUCAGGAACCAGACCUGGUGGGUGAGGACGUGUCCUUCCUGCCAAGUUAAUAGCGUCCUCCCCCAGGCAGGAAUAUAGCUCUGUAGCUGCGGUAGCUCCUGCCCAGAUUCUGCUUGUCAAAACCACCCUGCAGUUCAGGGUCAAGGAGCAUGGUCACAGGAAGGUGGGGUUUCAGAGCACCCCUGAGGGACUUCCCCUCUCCCCAGAAUUCCAUGAUGAAGGCCCAUAUGUUUGUUGGUGUGCUGGUCAUGAUGGGCUUCACAGUGGGAAAGGCUCCUGUUCCUGAAGUCCGGACCUGCCACCUCUGCCUCUUAGAAGAUCCUACUAUAGGAUGUGUUUCAGGCUCAGAGAAGUGCACUAUCAGCAGCUCAUCCCCAUGCAUGGUGAUCAGCAUCUUUCAUAAUACCAAGGUCCGCUUCUUAAUCCGAGGCUGUGGACAGCACAAGUCUUACCGGUGCCAAGAAAAACACCCCACCUACCUCCCAGAGUACUGGUACUAUGCCCAGUGCUGCCAGUAUGAUUACUGCAACUCCUGGUACAGCCCCCAGCUCCAGAGCUCCCUCCCUGAGCCCCCUGAGGGGUCCCUGGCCCUGCCCCUGUCUGAGUCCCAGAUCCAGCGGUUCUACCAAGCCCUGAAUCUCUCACUGCCCCUACCCAGCUUCCAUGCUGGGAAGGAGCCUUCUGAAGGCCUGGACCCCCUAGCUGUCCUGCCCCUGAAUCUGAGUUUGUCCAUUGCUGACCUGCGCCGCAUAUACUGGUUCCUCAACAAUUCAGGACUUUUGGUUCUUCCCUGGGCUAGGCUGUGACGUUUUACCCUUCCCAGAUUUCACUCUGGUCCAGGGUCUCUCCCCUGACACCCCAGCAUCGUGUACUGCCCUCUCAGAACACUCACACUCUCUGGUCUGUGAGUUCUCAGUCUCCCUUUCCUUUGUACUUACAUCGUCUGUAUGGUUUUGGUUUAGUUUCCUCCCCCAAAAAGCAGUUGGCGCUGCACCCAGUGCCUUUCUUCCACCUAGAAAAUAGUCUCAAAUGUGAAUUCUGCCUAAGCUGACCUGGGAAAGGCACAGUGGUUUCCUCAUCCCUUUCCCAUCAUCUGGGUGGGAUCAUCCCCCCCCACCCCCCAUCUUCCUGAUCCCCUCUCAAUCUGGCUACUAACAUUCCUACACCUGUCUCUAAAACCUUGUGCCAGACUGACCUUGCAUCAAGAAGGGUGAGAGGCGGACUUUGUGCAAAUUUCCUGACUGGGCACUCUGGUGUUUCCACCUCACUGUCUCCACCACCCUCACUCUCGCCUGGUCUCCUGCUGCCUUCUCUCAUCUCUUGUCCCCAUCUUUGGCUUCCACAGCCCCACUUCACGUUCCUGAGUCCUGACACCCACUUGCACAGAUUCCCAGGGAGAGGAGAGGAUCUGUCCUCUGCUCCACAUUCCCCAGUUUCCCUCCACAAUAAACAAACUGUGCUAAGUCUGUGUCACGUUGUUUAUGGAGUCAGGCUCAGGUGUGGGCAGGUGUAAACAGGUUAAAGAAAGUUAACUGGGCGUGGGGUUCAAACAGGGUUGCAGAGCCCUGCCAACUCCACUUGGCCUCUGUGGUUCCUCAUGGCCUGCCGCCAAGAGCCCACAUCCAUCCCACCCUCUGCUCAGCUAGAGAUCAAAGUAUGAGCAUUGUGACUCCUGCCAGCCUUAAACAUACCCUACAAAACCUAGAAAGUUAAACCCGGUUGAUGUCAGGUUUUUCCACAUAAGGAGGAAAUACUCAGCCAUGAAAAUCAAGAGCAAACCAAAGGGCCCAGGUCUGCAUCUCAGAGUUACCUGGAGCUGAGGCACCUGCCUCCCUGCCUAUUCUCAGUUCUUUUCAGGAUCCUGGGACUCAGGACCCCCUCUGUGAGGGCCUAGGUGGAGGGGGUGGGAGAGUACAGAGAGCACACAGGUGGGGCUGCAGUGGUAGGGUCUUUCAUGCAAGCAUACAGAAAGCAACCUUCCUCGUACAUUCAAUAAACACUGGACACACUGCUCUGAGCCAGGCCCAGUAUUAAGCACCAAGACUUGCAGAUGAGUACAGCCAGGUGUCCACCCUUCGACUCUCACAACCCAGUGCUGGGAUUAUGAAACCUUUUUCUGAAAAGUAGUGCAGCUCUGUGGCUGGGAGGCCCAAUCCCAGCUCCUCUGCCACUUGAGUAAGUUGGUCUCUGUGCCGAACUUUGGUCACCUGUCAAGUAGGA